AUGAACCUUCUGCCUUCUUUUGCUACAGAAGCAUGGGCCCUUAUACUUCUUUUCAUGGUCCUCCUGCUAGUAUAUGGGAUCUGGCCAUUUGGUCUGUUCAAGAAAUUGGGCAUUCCUGGGCCAAGACCUCUGCCUUUCUUUGGGACAUCCCUGGAAUAUCGCAAAGGUUUCCUGGAAUUUGACACAGAAUGUUUCAAGAAAUACGGGAAAAUCUGGGGGAUUUACGAUGGCAGACAACCCACGCUGGCUGUCACAGACCCCCAGAUCAUCAAAUCUGUGCUGGUUAAAGAUUGUUACACCACCUUCACCAACCGCAGGCGCACGGACCUGGCCGGGGUACUGACCAACGCCAUCUCAUUAGCUGAAGAUGACCAUUGGAAAAAGCUCCGUACUGUGCUCUCUCCAACCUUCACCAGUGGGAAACUAAAGGAGAUGUUCCCUAUAAUGAAGCACUAUGGGGAAGCUUUGGUGAAGAAUGUUCAAAAGCAAGUGAAAGAGAACAGCUCAAUAUCUGUAAAGGACAUCUUUGGGAGCUACAGCAUGGAUGUGGUCACCAGCACUUCCUUUGGUGUGAACAUUGACUCCAUGAACAACCCCAAGGACCCCUUUGUCAGAGAGAUGAAGAAACUGGUCAAGUUUGACUUUUUUAACCCAGUCUUCAUCUUGUCAUUUGCCUUCCCAUUCCUUAUUCCUGUCAUGGCCAAGAUGAACGUAAACAUCUUCCCCAGUGAUGCUGUAGAUUUUUUCAUGAGAACCCUUGCCAAAAUUAAGCAGGAUCGUGAAAAGGAGGCUCACAAGGGCAGGGUAGAUUUCCUGCAGCUGAUGAUCGAAUCCCAGCGCUCAGCCAGCCAAGGCAACAACGAAGCAAAUCACUCACAUAAAGCCCUGACCGACGUAGAGGUCCUGGCCCAGGCAUUCAUCUUCAUCUUUGCUGGGUAUGAACCCACCAGCAACACCCUAGGUUUCCUGGCCUAUGAGCUGGCCAUGCACUCUGAUGUGCAGGAAAAGGUGCUGCAGGAGAUCGACACAGUCCUGCCCAACAAGGCUCCUCUCACGUACGAAGCAAUUAUGAAAUUGGAAUAUCUUGACAUGACAGUGAACGAAACCCUCAGGGUCUAUCCCCUCGGGGGGCGGAUUGAGAGAACCUGCAAGAAAGAUGUGGAGAUAAAUGGAGUGACCAUUCCCAAAGGAGUCGUGGUUACAAUCCCACCCUACAUCCUGCACCGCGACCCUGAGUACUGGCCCAACCCAGAUGAGUUCAGGCCAGAAAGGUUCCGUAAGGAGAACAAGGAGUCCAUAGACCCAUACACAUACCUGCCCUUUGGGGCUGGGCCCAGGAACUGCAUUGGGAUGAGGUUUGCUCUCCUGAUUCUGAAAGUAGCCAUUGUCUCCCUGCUGCAGCAUUUCACCUUCCAGACCUGCAAAGAGACUCAGAUCCCAAUCAAGCUGAGUUCAGUGGGGCUCCUAACACCAGAGAAGCCGAUUAUUCUGAAAUUUGUGCCCCGGACCAGCACCGAGCCUGCCAAGAACUGAAAUCCAGCCACAGCCCC